AUGACGACCCGAACGACAGUUCCCGAUGCCUCGCAGCGUGCCCUGUCAACUGCGGCUGUCCGUUGCCUGAGCCUGGACAACAUCAAUUCGAACGUCAAGGCCGCCAAGUAUGCCGUCCGUGGAGAGCUCGCCGUCAAGGCGGAGGAAUACCGUGUGAAGCUGGCCCAGGGAGACAAGUCAUUGCCAUUCGACAGCGUCAUCUUCGCCAACAUCGGUAACCCUCAGCAGCUCGACCAAAAGCCUAUCACCUUCUUCCGUCAGGUUCUCAGCCUUCUCGAGAACCCCCAGCUGUUGAACAACAAGGAUGUCCUUUGCACACAUUUCGGCUACCAGGAUGAUGUUAUCAAGAGGGCAGAGAAGCUUCUCGCAGAAGUCCAGAGCGUCGGCGCAUACAGUCACAGUCAGGGUGCCCCUUUGAUUCGUGAGAGCGUGGCCAAGUUCAUCGAAGAGCGUGAUGGAUUCCCCGCCGACCCUCAGUCACUCUACCUCACUGGUGGUGCCUCAUCCGGUGUGAGCACCCUCCUGAACGUCAUCUGCAACGGCCCGAAUGCCGGUGUCCUCGUCCCGAUCCCUCAGUACCCUCUGUACACAGCCACUCUAUCCCUUCUAGAUGCGCAGUGCGUUCCUUACCACUUGGAAGAGCAGAAGGCUUGGGGUACGGAUGUCGACACAAUCAAGAAGUCGUUGGAGCAGGCCAAGGCUGCAGGCACUGACGUACGCGCCAUCGUUGUCAUCAACCCUGGUAACCCAACGGGUGCUUCUUUGAGCCCUGCUGAUAUCAAGAGCGUCCUUGACAUCGCUGCGGAAGAGAAGCUCGUGGUUAUCGCGGAUGAGGUAUACCAGACAAAUGUGUUCAUUGGGGAAUUUACAUCCUUCAAGAAGAGGCUUCGGGAGCUGCAGCAAGAGGUAUCUGGCAAAUACGACAACGUCGAGCUAGUCUCCCUUCACAGUAUCUCCAAGGGUAUGGUCGGUGAGUGCGGCCACCGUGGCGGUUACUUCGAGUUGGUCGGCUUCGAUCCCUUAGUUGCCGCCCAGGUCUACAAGUUCAUCAGUAUCAUGCUCUGCCCUCCCGUUAUCGGACAGUGUCUGGUUGAACUGAUGGUCAACCCUCCCAAGGAGGGCGAGCCCAGCUAUGAGCUGUACCAGAAGGAGUACAACGGCAUUAGGGAAGGACUGCGCCAGCGCGCCUUUGCCCUGUAUGAGGCCUUCCAGAAGAUGGAGGGUGUCGAGUGUCAAGAGCCUCAGGGCGCUAUGUACCUCUUCCCCACUAUCACACUACCCCCCAAGGCUAUUGAAGCCGCUGCCGCGGAGAACCGCGCCGCAGACGAAUUCUACUGCCUUGCUCUCCUCGACGCCACUGGUGUUUGCGUCGUCCCUGGCUCCGGCUUCGGUCAGAAGGAGAACACGCUCCACUUCCGUACCACCUUCCUCGCGCCAGGCACGGACUGGGUGGAGCGUAUCGUCAAAUUCCAUUCCGAGUUCAUGGCGAAGUACAAAUAA